UCCAGUUCCGGCAGCCGUCAGCCUGGCCCUGAUAUUUUCAACGAGUUGUUCGUUCGCCGGGGUCUGUGAGGUCGUAUGUACCUUGUUAAUGAAGAUUAAAUUAUUUAAUUCAAAAUCUCUAUUAUAGAGAUACCCACUCGAGCGUUUACGACCACGUAGGUACUACCUACUAAGAAUCAACAAAGAACCAUAAUGCAGUUUAACAGCUUUCACAAUCAACAUCCUAUCUUCAGACCCCGACUAGAUCGUAAUGAAUACGGUAAGUUACCGUUUUUCAAUGGCAUGAAUGAUUUUGGUGGGCCCAAGAACUUUCAACCAAGAAAUGGCAUAGGUAACAAAAACUUCAGACCCAGAAGUGACUUUAAUGGGAUAAGAAAUGAUUUCAACAAUCCCAAGAAUGAUAACCAGAGUGAUUUUGGGGGGCCAAAAGAAUUUAGGCCUAGAAACAAUUUUAAUAACCAACUUCAGAAGACUAACGACGGAUAUGACGGAGAUAAAGCGUCAGGUGGAAACAUGCAGUUCUAUGGAAAAAGUGAUUUUGGAGGGCCUAAGCAACAAAAUUAUCAAAAAAGUUUUGGUCCUAAGAAUUUUAACAAUCAGAAUGGGCACAUGAACGGUCAGCAAAGUUUUGUUCCUAAAAAAAUAUACAACAAUAGUUCUGUACAGCCGUCUUUAGAUUUUAAUGAUCGUAAGUUACAAAGUCGAAAAGCCAAACAUCCAGGAGACAGUCUAAUUAAGCCACAGUGGGAUAUGGCAAAUCUCGGAGCCAUUCAGAAGAACUUUUAUAAGCCCCACGUCAAUGUAGAAGGACGUUCGGAAGAUGAUGUGCAAAGAUUCCUGGCGGCUAAGGAAAUAACUGUAAGUGGUAAUGACGUACCCCGCCCGAAUCAAGUGUUCGAUGAAGGUAACUUCCCAGAUCACGUUCUAAACACUAUCAAAGAACAAGGUUGGGAAGAGCCAACAGGCAUCCAAGCCCAAGGUUGGCCUAUCGCUCUAUCUGGUCGGGACAUGGUGGGUAUAGCGUCUACGGGAUCAGGAAAAACGCUAGCUUACAUGCUUCCGGCAGCUGUGCAUAUUGUUCAUCAGCCAAGGAUUCAGCGAGGCGACGGACCGAUUGCACUAAUUUUGGCCCCAACCAGAGAGCUUGCGCAACAAAUACAAUCUGUCGCUCAAGCCUACAGUGCGCAUGGUUGCAUCAGAAAUACCUGCUUGUUUGGUGGUUCACCUAAGGGGCCACAGGCUAGAGAUUUGGAGAGAGGCGUAGAGAUCGUCAUUGCGACGCCGGGACGUUUGAUUGAUUUCCUUGAAAGGGGAACUACAAAUUUACGCAGGUGCACCUACCUUGUUUUGGACGAAGCUGACAGGAUGUUGGAUAUGGGUUUCGAGCCUCAGAUCCGUAAAAUUAUCGAGCAAAUCCGCCCAGAUCGUCAAGUUUUGAUGUGGUCUGCCACUUGGCCGAAAGAGAUUCAGGCUCUGGCUGAAGAUUUCUUGAACGAUUACAUCAAAGUGAACAUCGGUUCAUUGAACCUCUCAGCUAAUAACAAUAUCAAACAGAUAAUAGAAGUGUGUGAAGAACACGAAAAAGAAGCUAAACUCUCAAACCUUUUGAAAGAGAUCUCAUCUGAAAAGGACAACAAAGUUAUUGUUUUCGUCGAGACAAAGAAGAAGGUAGAUGACAUUGCACGUUCAGUGCGGCGUAACGGAUAUAAAGCUCUCGCUAUCCACGGUGACAAGUCUCAGCCGGAACGUGACGCGGUCCUUACGGAGUUUCGUAAUGGAGCCACUACUAUUUUGAUCGCUACAGAUGUCGCUGCGCGUGGUUUAGAUGUCGAAGACGUUAAAUUUGUUGUCAAUUUCGAUUAUCCCAAUUCAUCUGAAGAUUAUAUACAUAGAAUUGGUCGUACGGGUCGCUGCCAACAAUCUGGCACAGCUUAUACUUACUUCACGAGCGGCGAUGCUCGUCAAGCUCGUGCACUGGUUGCCGUUCUCCGGGAAACGGGACAGAACCCUCCAGCCAGACUGAACGACAUGGCCAAGAACAACAAUAAUAACUCUAGCCGUAACCGUUGGCAACAACGCAAAGAAAAUAACAGUGGUGCGAGCUCACCGCGUCAAAAGAGUAACCAGUGGAACAACAAGAUGGCUACUAUGGGCAAUGAAGAUAACCAAAACAACUCUUAUCAAAACCGUAACCCUAAUCAACAGGCUCCUCGAUUCUCCAAUCAGAAUCAAAACAAUAACCAGGGUUAUAGGCAAAACAACUAUCAACAAAAACAAGUGCCUUUCCCCAGUCCAAAUGUUUUUGAGUCCAUGGGAAACUACCAAGGCGGUUAUAACAAUGGAUAUCAAAAUGCGUACAACAAUCAAAAUGGCUAUGGGCAACAACGUCAACAAUACAACACAGAUGGUCGCAAUGGCGGGCAGCAGUACCAUCGCAAUACUAACUCAGUUGGCAACAAAUCUGCAGGAUCUGGAUCUUCAUACGGCUCCCCGCCUCCUCACUUUGCUACACCACCGCAUUACCCUCAAAUGCACCCACACCACCAGGAAAUGCUUGGAGGCAAGUUUUACGGCGGUGGCGUUGGCGGCGGCGGCCCGUGCGGCUAUCAGGCAGCGGUGGGAGCGGGUGUACCCUACGCGCACCUGCCUCCCGGCCCGCUGCUUUACGCCGCGCCUGUUCAACAGUAAACGAAUUGAUUCACUUCAUCUAUGUUAGAAUACGAUCGCGUUCCGCUUUCCCCGAGUUUUUAUUAUUUUGUGUCGAUGCCCCUGGUAAUCCUAUGUGAGGUCGUUGUUUAACUCCCCAUCUGUGGUUCAUCCCCAAUGAAAAUUCGUACUCGAAUAUUCCUUUGCACGGUUUUGAACAUUCGCGUUGUUUUUGCAAGAACUGGAUACUAAUAGAAAUAAAACUUUAAAACAGCGCUUUUAGCAUUCUAUUGAAGUUUUAUUUUCAAACUAUUAGAUUAUUAAGUUGACAAGGAAUUUCUUGCAUACGUCAAAUACAUAUUUGUAUUAGUGAUACUUUCAAAUAUUCGUAUUUGAAUUCGUAUUCGCGAAUGUUAAAAAUCAUAACUCUUUAAAUAUAGAAAUUAUUGUUGUACUUAGUGUCAAUACUUGAAUUUAUUUGUGCUCUCAAGGAGGGGCGAGGUUGUUUUUAAUGUUCUUUUUAAUAUAUUAGAAUAAUUUUUUUUUAGAUCUGAAUGAAAGCUUGCAAACAUUAAAUUAUAUUUGAUAAGUGAAUGUUGUCUUCUCUUUAUUUUGACAAGGAAGAGAACCGCUACUUUUAUGAGCGUAACCUGUGCAACUUUUUCGCAAUUCUAAAUGCUUUGUGGAUUUAUCUUUCAGAUCGAUUUUAUAAAUGUAUGGUUAAAAUAAGUGUGUUAGAUUUAAGUCUGGUUUAUUAACUGUUGACCACUAACUAGUAUUUACAAUAAUUUAUUACUAGAAUCUUAUUCAAAAUUACUUAUAUCGUGCUAAUGAAUCAUUAUUGUUCGUGGUUCUUCAUGUCGCAAUUUUAUAAGUCCUUUAAUAUAAGGUAAUAUUUCAAAAUUUGAAGUGCAUUUCAAAUUGUACUAUUUGAAGAGAAAAUGUUGUCUCCAGGUUUUCACUAAUAGUUAAUAUAUCAAGUUAUUUAUAUAAAAAUAAUUCACACUGUGAAGACAUUGAAAAAAUAUUUUUGGGUCAAAUGAUAAAUAAUGUUAGACAAAAUGUAAAUAUGGUCAACAGCGAAUGAUCCAUUUGCUGGAAUAUUUGGAUUCCAUCUGUAGAUGUUAAUCACUAUAAUUAUUGUUAGAGUAGUCGGUGUGGUACCCUGUUGUGUAAUCCUGGGUGCCUUUCGUUUAAAAUGUCUGUAUGAUGUACGAAAUGCACGAAACAUAUAGAAGAUGAGUAAAAUGUAAGGGGGUGGAAUUCAAGGGGCGGAUAUAAAAACUGAUAUUUUAUAUAGAUUAUUUUUAUUGUUAAUGAUGAUCUUAUCCAGUGAACGUGUGCGGGACAACUUAGUAUAAGAAAAUUAAAGAUGCUUUUGAUAUACUUUAAAACAAUCUGUAUUGCCAGAUAAAAUUGUGAAUAUUUUUCUUUUUGUGAUGAUGACAUUUCGGGUCAUGAUUUUGAGGUUAUAUAUUUUUAUUAUUCAUUAUUAGAUCUUGUAUUACGCCUAGAAAUAUUAGUCUGUAACCGGAGGACUAUAAUAAUACAUAGCUGGAUUUCCGAUGCUACAUUGAUAGUAUAUUUCCCUCAAAAAUUACGAAAGUAUGUAAAUACGUGCAUUUAACGUAGGAGCAUUAGUAUUUUUGAAUGUUUCAAAAUAAUCGAACAAUGGUUAUUUUCAUUUUAGCAACAUAAGUGAUUACUUCAUAAUUGAUUUUCGAUUAUUUUUAUAUAAUGUAAAUUUCACAUAAUUCUAGUUAAUUACUGGAGUUUCUUUGUACGUAAAGGGGUUCUAAGGGCUAGGUGGGAGAGUCGAUUGGUACAAAAUAACAAUUUUUAAAGCAGGUAUUUUGUUUUAGAAGCCCAUUACUGUCCAAAGAGUAAAAAUCUGUGAUAUUUCAUUACUAUAACCUGUCGUUGCGUUGGUCAAUUGUUAAUACAUAAGAGCACUUCUCCCUGUGGAAAGUGUAACUAGACAAAAAUAUAUUUUUUGACUAUUUGAGCGAAUUACAUGUAUGUUUGUGACAACAAAGCUUGCAAGUGGUUCACAAAUAUAAUAUUAUAUUAUGAUAGGUGUAAGAAUAUUUUAUUGUUAUUCAAUUUAGUUUUCCGUUUACCGCUUGGUGACAAAAUGUACCAGUUCAAAGGGGACGUAAUAGUUAUUAUCUAGGAAUCCCGAUAUAUAACUGCAUAUUAAAGAUACGAAGUAUUAAUUACACACGGGUCUAAAUAGAUUCAAGGGGUGAACAACUUAAUUGUGGGUCUCGCGUUUAAAACGCAUUUACGAUGCGAGAUUUACAUGCUGUUUGUGUACAUUAUAAGAGAAAGACUGCAAUGAAGAAUGUGUAUGUGCAUAUAUUCAUCUAAAAGAUGUUUAACCUAUGUGCUAGCCCAUCCACCUCGUCCUCGGCGAUCUCAGGGGUAUACAGGUGCAGAGUUAGUUAGCACUAGACAGACGCCGGCGGCAACGGGUGGGCUGGGGCCCAUGGGUCGGCAAUGUGUCGAGUAUGGUCGCGGAUUGCAGGUAGCUCCUGUUUUAUGUACAAAGUACUGCACCCACCUCUACUAAACAACUGUGAUAAUAACACUAAGUAGCGUAGCAGGCGAUUUAUAUAUACUAGUUACGUCCAAGAGAAGGAAUGACAUCAUAUCUGACAUAUUGUAUUGUGAUAAUAAAUGAAUAUAUCGAGACGUGUACAAUUUCAGCACGUGUUGAUGAAACUUUUUCUCUAAACAAGACUGAUUAUAAUUAUUUCUAAUUGAAUAUUUUAUACAUGUUUCACUUUGACUGAAUGAAUUAAGAUGUCUGUAUUUAUAUUGGUAGUAUUCUUGUGCUGUGUGUUUUCUCCAAAAUUUAUUAUUCACUAUGUUGGAUAUGUGUCAAAGCGCCUUUCUAUGCGGUCACCUAAUUGAAAAUGAUAUUCGACUCCUAAAAUAGGUUGAUUUCCACUUUUCUUUAUUGUGAUGUGGCAGCGACAGUAUAAGAACUAACGUUAUAAAAUGUAUGUUAUUAUUUGUUGUUUUUUUUUUUUGCAAAAUUUUAUUUAUUCAACCAGAUUAUCUCAUAGACAAUCGUAGUUUCAUGCUUUACUGUGUACUAUUUAAGGAUUUAUUUUCUAAAAUUGUAGGUUUGUGAAAAAUAUACAUAGAUUUUUAAGUAUGUGGCAAUGCAGAUCUUCAUAAAUAUUGAUUCUAUAACAAAGUACAUAGUUCAUAUUUAUUCAAUUUAUAAGGUAAAAUAAUUGGAGAGAGACUCCGUUUUAAACUGUCCCAAAGGGAAGUCUUCUGAAUGUUUCUGAAAAGUGCAUUUCUUCAAUGUAAUACAGUAUUAAAUUCCGAUAAUUAAAUUGAUGUAUGAAAA